CAUUGAAAACUCUCCUUAUGCAGUAUAUACAAUAUUGUCGAACUGAAUGCCACCCACGAUUAUCAGAAUCUGCAUCUAACUUGCUGCAGAACAAUUAUGUCAAAAUUAGACAGGACAUGAGGCUGCAAGCAAAUGAAACUGGUGAGGCUGCUGCAAUACCAAUUACUGUAAGGCAGCUGGAAGCGAUUGUAAGGUUGAGUGAGGCUCUUGCAAAAAUGAAACUAUCACAUGUUGCCACUGAGGAGAAUGUGCAGGAAGCUAUAAGAAUUUUUACUGUUUCCACCAUGGAUGCAGCACGGUCUGGAAUAAAUCAACAAGUGUAUCUCACUGCUGAGAUGGCAAAUGAGAUUAAGGUCUGUCAGUGACUAUGACCACCUCGGUUGCUGUUGGAUUAAGAGGCAGCUCUUCCACAAGGGAUUGCACCAUUUGUCUUUGCAAGGGA